AUGUCUACCAACGAGCGCUUCGACUGCCAUUACUGCAAAGACUCCCUCCUGGGGAAGAAGUACAUCAUGAAAGAGGACACACAAUAUUGCACUAAGUGCUACGAAAGCCUGUUUGCCAACUGCUGCCAGAGCUGCUCCAAGCCCAUUGGCUCCAACUCCAAGGACCUGUCCUACAAGGACCGCCACUGGCACGAGGAAUGCUUCAAGUGCGCAAAAUGCAGCCGCUCCCUCGUGGAGAAGGCCUUCGCCGCCAAGGACGAGUUGAUGCUUUGCACUGAGUGCUACGCCCAUGACUACUCUUCCAAGUGCGCCACCUGCAAGAAGACGGUCAUGCCAGGUUCCCGCAAAAUGGAGUACAAGGGCAACAGUUGGCAUGAGACCUGCUUCUUGUGCCACCGCUGCCAGCAGCCCAUCGGAACAAAGUCCUUCAUCCCCAAGGACGACGGCUACUAUUGUGUGGGUUGCUUUGAGAAGCAGUUUGCCUACCAGUGUUGCGCAUGUAAGAAGGCCAUCACCACGGGCGGCGUGACAUACCAGGACAAGCCGUGGCACCGCGAGUGCUUCCUGUGCAUCGGCUGCAGGAAGCAGCUGUCGGGCCAGCGCUUCACCUCCAGGGAAAAUUACCCGUACUGCCUGGAGUGCUUCAGUGAGCUCUAUGCCAAGAAGUGCGUGGGUUGCACCAAGCCCAUCACCAGUCUGGCCGGGGCUAAAUACAUAUCGUUUGAGGAGCGUCAGUGGCACAGCGAGUGCUUCACAUGUGGGCAGUGCUCCGUGUCUCUGGUGGGCCGAGGCUUUCUCACCCAGCGUGACAACAUCCUGUGCACCGACUGUGGACGCGAGAAGUGA